AUGCUACUGUCUUAUCUGCGAAGAAGAGCAGUGCUAUCAGCAGCCGCGCCAAGGCAGCCGAGGCCUCUGCUAUCUCAGUCGAUAAGAUUCAAACGCUACGAAGCAUUCGACGCUCGAUUGGACCAGGAUGCCUUGGCCGAGGCGCGGCUCUGGUAUAACUCGUUUGAUGCAUCACAGCUGCCCAAGGGUAGCACAACAUACGCAAGAUCCAGCGGCCCUGGAGGCCAACACGUCAACAAAACCGAGACCAAGGCAAUCACGGUAUAUCCCGUGAACGAGCUACUUGGCGCUCUCCCUAAAUUUCUCCAUCCCGCAAUCCGGUCUUCCAAGUAUUACACCACCGGCAAUGACUCGCUCACGUUUGCAGCGCAGACUCACCGGUCAAGGUCUGCCAAUCUCGAUGAGAACAGGAGGAAGCUUAUAGAUGAAGUCAUGAGCAUCUAUCGUGACAUGACUCCUGCCGAAACAAGCUCUGACAAGAAGAAGAAAUUCCAGGAGGUAGAGAAGCGAUUUCACGAAGCACGAGUCCAGGACAAAAAAUUCAAUAGCGCCAAGAAGCAAUCGCGGCGGGGACCACCGCAGUAG